CUCGAUCCCUCCAGCACACGCGCACAACUCACUACGCACGCCUCCCAGACGCGGUCGCAGGACGCACGCCGGGCUCCGUGUCAGGCUGUAACGGAGCGGAGCCGCUAGCAGAGAGGGAGAAAGACGCGCAGGAGAGAGAGGAGCGCUGCCGUCGGAGGUCUUUUUUUUUUGGUUUUGUUUGUGUUGCUUUUGGAGAGCGAGCGCGCAGCACCUUUUGUCGCGCCUGUUAUUCCGCGAGCAUUCAAAAAGAAGCAGCUGCUGACACUCGGACACGCGCUUCUCAGAGAGCUGAGACUGUGAACGGGAGGACCGACCCCAUCGCGGGGGACGCAGAGAGGGGUUGAAACGGGGGGGGACCGGCCGGAACUUGACGCACCCUGGAGCCGCCGUCUCUGGAGCGCAGAAAGCCUCCGAGCUGCGGAGCGCACGCAGCAUUGAUCAAGGAGUUUGUUUGUUUGUUCACUGUAUUCUGGAUGCACCUGAGAGGCAUCGCACCUCUAAAUGCACAGACUUAAAAGGCAAAUAGAUUUGCAUUGAUUACAUGUAGUUUACACAUUUUUCACCACCAAUGGUUUGAUGAACGGGAUUAUUCCUGAAGUGGUCUCGCUUUAACUGCCCGCCACCGGUUUCUGGUCCAACCGGGGUGUGGAUUUUUAUUUUUAUUUUUGGGAAGAACAGCAGCAUUUCAUAUUCUACGAGGUGGAAACAUUAUAAACUUAAAGCUCGCCGCGAGUUCCUGCGUCAUCCAAGAUGGAUUUUCAGUCAUCGCUGAUUGGAUUUCUGAUGACAAUGUGUCAUGUAGCGUUGAGAGUCAGAGGAGAAACUGCGGCGGAGUGCGGAGGCCUCUUUGAUGCCAGCAAGGCCGGUUACAUCACCUCCCCCGGUUAUCCUCUGGAGUACCCGCCUCACCAGAACUGUCACUGGAUCGUCACGGCGCCGGAGCCGUCGCAGCGCAUCGUCCUCAACUUCAACCCACACUUUGAGAUAGAGCGGCUGGACUGCAAAUAUGACUUCAUCGAGAUCCGUGACGGGACUUCGGAAAAUGCCGAUGUUCUGGGUCGCCACUGCAGCAACAUCGCCCCGGCGCCAAUCAUCUCAUCGGGACCCUCCCUGCAGAUCCGCUUCGUCUCGGACUACGCCCACCAGGGCGCCGGCUUCUCCCUGCGCUACGAGAUCUUCAAAACCGGGUCGGAGUUCUGUUUCCGCAACUUCACCAGCUCCUCCGGCAUGAUCGAGUCCCCGGGCUUCCCGGAUAAAUACCCCCAUAAUCUGGAGUGCUCCUACAUGAUCAUCGCCCCGCCCCACAUGGACAUCACCCUCACGUUCCUGACCUUUGACCUGGAGAACGACCCGCUGCUGGUGGGAGAGGGCGACUGCAAGUACGACUGGCUGGACGUGUGGGACGGCCUGCCGCAAGUGUCUCCUCUGAUCGGCCGGUACUGCGGGACGAAAAUCCCUCCGGAGAUCCAGUCUUCCUCCGGCCUGCUGUCCCUCUCCUUCCACACCGACAUGGCCGUGGCCAAAGACGGCUUCUCCGCCCGCUACAACAUGACGCACAAACAAGUCAGCGACUCGUUCCACUGCAGCAUGGUGCUCGGCAUGGAAACGGGGAAGAUCAGCGAUGAUCAGAUCAGCGCCUCGACGACCUUCUACGACAACCGCUGGUUGCCGCGGCAGGCGCGCCUCAACAACGACGACAACGCCUGGACGCCGUCGGAGGACAGCAACAAGGAGUACAUACAGGUCGACCUCCACUUCCUGAAGGUGUUGACGGGGAUCUCCACGCAAGGGGCCAUUUCCAAGGAGACGCAGAAGUCCUACUACGUCACUACCUUUAAACUGGAGGUCAGCACCAACGGGGAGGACUGGAUGGUCUACCGGCACGGCAAGAACCACAAGAUCUUCCACGCCAACACAGACCCGGCCGAGGUGGUUCUGAACCGCGUCCCGCAGCCGGUUCUGGCUCGGUUCGUCCGCAUCCGACCACAGACCUGGAAGAACGGCAUCGCCCUGCGCUUUGAGCUCUACGGAUGCCAGAUCACAGAUGCUCCGUGUUCGGACCUGCAGGGCCUGCUGUCCGGCCUUCUCCUCGACGCCCAGAUCUCCGCCUCCUCCACCAGGGACAUGGUGUGGAACCCGGGGACCGCCCGCCUGGUGGCCAGUCGCUCGGGCUGGUUCCCAGCUGCCGCGCAGCCUCUGGCUGGAGAGGAGUGGCUCCAAGUGGACCUCGGCGUGCCUACGACGGUGCGCGGCGUGAUCACCCAGGGAGCGAGGGGAGGAGACGCGGGAAGCGGGGCGACCACGGAUAACCGGGCGUUUGUCAGGAAGUACAAAGUGGCCCACAGCCUGAACGGGAAGGAGUGGAACUUCAUCAUGGACUUCAAGACCAGCCUGCCAAAGAUUUUCGAGGGGAACACACACUUCGACACCCCGGAGCUGCGGCAUUUUGACGAGAUAGUGUCCCAGUAUAUCAGGCUGUAUCCGGAGCGGUGGUCUCCAGCAGGGAUCGGGAUGAGAGUCGAGAUACUUGGCUGUGACAUUCCAGAAACCAGCACGCCGGCCGAGACCACCACGCCGACACUGCCCCCCGACAUGGACACCUCCACCGCCCCUCUUACGACUACAGUGGCCGCCUCUCCCUCGCCCGAGAGCGCCUGUGACUUCGACCACGGCCUGUGUGGGUGGACGCACGACCCCAACGCCCCUGUGCUCUGGUCUCUGCACAGCCACGAGUUGAACAGCUAUCUGUACCUGGACGCCAGCUUGAAGACGGAGCAGCAGCGAGCCCGGCUCGUGAGCCCCGUGGUGGUGGCCGACACCGGGCCCCUCUGCCUCCUCUUCUCCUACCAGCUGUGGGGGGAGGCCCAGGGCCACCUGAAGGUCCUCCUGCGGGACGCCCACAACGAGGAGACCGUCCUGUGGACGCUGAAAGACGAUCAGGGCCCCGUCUGGAGGGAGGGCCGUACCAUCCUGCCUCGCUCCCCAAAAGACUUCCAGAUUGUCGUGGAGGGUUUCUUUGUGCACGGCACCAGAGGACACAUCUGGAUAGACAACAUCUACUUGAGCUCUAGCAUCCCUCUGAAAGAGUGCACACAACCCUUUGCAGCUUUUUCUCCUGAAAAUCCAGGGGGAGGCGUUCCUGUGCCUCCCUUGCCCAUCCACUGGUAUUACAUUAUGGCCGUCGGAGGCGCCCUCCUUCUCCUGGCGGUGGCCAUCUUGGUCAGGGCGCUCUGUUGCUGCCGACAACACCUGGCCACCAAGAAGAGCCAGCUGUCGGUGGCCUAUCACAGCUCCUCCCAGUGCUUCCAGUAUUCUAACUGGUCCUCCAGUAUGGCCGCCCCAGGGGUGGAGCCAGUGCUGACCGUGAGGCUGGACAGCCGGGACCGACACCGUACCCUCUGCUGAAGAGAAGCACUUAGCCACGUUGUGUUUUGGCAGAGGAGAGACGCCAACUCGUGACGCCGGUGGCAGCGCGAGCCGCGAUACCGCAACACUUGACGGGACACCCACCCAACGAACCUCUCCCUCAUCUAGUUUACAGUUGCAACGGAGAUGAUGAUAUUGUCCAAAAAAACCUGCCACGUGGACAUUUGCAAAGAAACCAUGUGCUCUCUCUCUCUCUCUCUGUGUCUCAAAUGGAUGUAGCUUCGGUUGCUGUUUUCCUCUUUGUUCCAUUAAGGAGUUCGCUGUAGUCUUUUCACACUAUGCUCCUCCUGAUGAGUGCACUGACGUCUGAGUAAGUUAUUUAUCUGAACAGCUUGUCUCGGACCAUUGAAUGCCGUCCGGCCCUUCUUUACCCCAGCGGUCCUCCCGGAAUGACCCCAGCAUGAACAAACAGACUUGUGUGGGCUGGGAAGAGAAGGAGGUCGAGCUGGUUCCGCUGCAAGGGCCAGCCAGAGCUGCCAAACCACAGGCUAAAACAAGACCCCAGAGACACGAGGAGCCCUGCAGUGCUAAGAGAGAGAGAGAGAAGUGGGGGAGGAAACUGUCGGGCGGAGAGGCAUCCAACGUGCUGGCUGUGGAAAUGAUCUGGCAAGGCCCAGAAAAUAAAGCUCUCGGUACCUCUGUAAUAAAAGGUACCGAGAGCGUUGCAAUCGCGUGGGGGGGCGUCGCAUCGGAGGAGGGAAAUAAAUCCGUCCAUCCGGGUGCUUUUCAACACAGCAUGUGCACAUUUCAAAACAAAUAAAUACAAAUCCAUCAUACUUUAAGUCCUGCAUCACACGUGGUGAUAACCAGCUCCUUUGAUUGAGCGUUUUGUCUUCUCCCAAUGAAGGCAUCCGUCAGUGAUGGAUGCAGCCGCCCUCAGUGUUUAGCGCUUCAUCUCGAUCCUCUGGCGUAAUAAAGCACGUUGUUCACACUCCCACUCGCGCUUCGUACCACCCCCCCCCCCCGUUGUUCGCCAUGUCUUUGAGCUGCCCAGAUGAAACUCGUGCUGCGGCGAGCCGUGUCGCGAUGUCCAUGGGAAUAUGUGCUUGUUGCUUUUUAGGGUUGUAAAUAGACACAGCUGUCCGACAUCGCCAUCUCUGUCUUGAUUUAUACUAUAAAUCCCACAAUGCCGCUUCACCAGCUGGAAAGCAUAAUUGAAGGGUUUGGCUGUAUAUAUAUAUAUAUAUAUAUAUAUAUAUAUAUAUAUAUAUACGCCCUUGAGAGCGAUCCAAAACGUUAUGAGAACCAGAGCAGAGCUCCAGCUAUCGAUGGCGCUCCCGUGAAUGGAUAUUAACACAAGUCAUAGCUAAUGCAACGCUUACUCAUGUUCAACAAAGAUGGGAUCCAAAAGUCUGUGUUAUUGUGAAAUAUCUCAGAACUGAGCCGAGACAAAUUGGCAGCAGUCUCUCUCUCUCAUCAGUCGGUGCAGAGGUGGUGAGAUUGGACGCAGGCUCGGUUUAGCACUCUUGGAUUGAAUGAAAUUGGGGUCUUCACUCUGUGGCUUAACGGGCCGUGCUUUUCGUGAUCUGUCACACCAGCAAAGAAUCCAUCACGCACUACCCCACAGCUCAGCAGAAUGUGCCUCGAUUUGCUGCCGCAAUUUAGGAGCUGCACUUCAGAGUGAGGAAGAGGUGUUUUUUGGCACGCUCGCUCAAUGUGCUUUUAAAUCAUCUCAGGGGAAGAGGGAUUGGACCCCCUGCUUGAGCCAUCUCGACAUCGUUACACUCCAAGCCUCUAAUAGUGGUAAUUAGUUAAUGGACAGAUAACAUUUAUUAACUUUCUCCCUCCCAUCUAUUGCACCUCAGCUGCCAAUUUCCGUUGCCCCCGGAAACAGUAUCGAUAACGCCAUUGGCCAUCAAAGACCUGCUGAUUCGAGACGUGUGCCUUGCCAAGCAGAUACUUCCAGUCCCUGCGCGCUCGCCAAGAGUAGCUAGUGCAAACCCACACUCGCACACGUAGACACAAACGCACACCGGAGUGGACAGAAAACUCAUUGAAAGUAAAAGUACACUCGAGCUAUCCGGCUCUACUAAAGUGCUGCAGCCAUUUACCGUUUUUACCGCACUUUAUAAUCCUCCCAUUCAGACCACGCCGUACAUAUCAAUGCUCAGUUCACACCACGAGGCGGAACAGAAAGACAAGCACUACUUAAAUGUUGUUGCCGUUGGUUGUUGUUUUUUUUUCUUUCGUCAUCUUAUACACCACUCUUAAACUUGACAGCGACAGCGCCGAUGAUUUUAAUGGUGAUAAUGAUGGGUAAUGUUAACUAUUUGGUGAUGUUUGCAUCUCUAUUCACACGGAAUGAACAGUCUUAUACCACCAGUAUGCUAUGUGAUGACUGUGUUUUUGACAAGAAUGUAUCAUAAUGAUCUUUCUUUAUUAAUAAAGUAAUAUUUUUCUAUUAUUCCAA